CUUUUCUCAAGCUCCUACCCCUUGAGCCUUGACCUUCCAUUUUUCUCUCUCUUUAACUACUCUUUUCUCUUUCUUCUCUUGAAUGCUUUAAACCAGACCAAGAAUGACAUCUUACUGAUAGGUAUAUUUUAGCUAGCAUGUGAAUUUGUUAAGUCUUAACCAACAAGUUCUUUCUUUUAUUUUAUUUCUUAAAUGCCUUCUAGGACUUUUCUUUUGCCUCCUUCACAAUCUACUUUAUUGGAUUUUAAUGGAAUCUAUGUCAGUGAAUGAACUGGAAAGAACAAACCAAUCCACUUCUGCUGCACUAGUUUGGGGAACAAUCUCUUACCAUUCAUUCAUUCACUACUCUCUCUUUCCUUUUCAUUUAAUUUAAUUUUCCUCUCUCCCCCUCUCUCUCUUUUUUAUUUUUUAUUUGUUGGAACUUCUAAGUUCCAAUCUUCUUGGAAGGCCAACAUCCAACCACUUUCAAAGUAAGGGAGCUUGAAAGAAAUGGCAUCAUCUACAUCAGGAUCAUCAAAAAGAGCCAGAGGAACUCAUAAUGGUAACACCCAGCCAGUUUCUUGUCUCGUAGAUGGCUGCAAUUCAGAUCUAAGCAAUUGUAGAGAUUACCAUAGGCGCCAUAAAGUUUGUGAGCUGCAUUCAAAGACUCCUCAAGUCACAAUUUCUGGCCUCAAGCAGAGAUUUUGCCAGCAGUGUAGUAGGUUUCAUUCACUUGAGGAAUUUGACGAAGGAAAGAGAAGCUGCCGCAAACGACUCGAUGGCCAUAACCGGCGACGGAGAAAGCCUCAGACUGACCCCUUGCCUCGAUCUGCCGGUUCUUUCUCCUAUCAUCAAGGUCCCCAGUUGUUGCCAUUUACAAGCUCACAAGUUUUCCCAUCGACGACGGUGAGCAGUCACGGGUGGUCAUCUGGGGUCAGCGAUGGCGCAACAGAUCCCGCAGUCCACCACAACCGGAACCCACAACUAAAUUUCCUCGAAAAACAGAGCCUAUUUGUAGAAGCAUCUGACCAAAGCAGCAACAACAACUACAAAGCCUCGCAGCCAUUGGGGUUCUUGCACGGGGGACCGACAACUUGCCAACCCCUCCUUCGAACCAUCAAUACCCUGCCAGACAACGGUGACGGUGGCAGCGAAAGGAACAAGAUGAUUUACGACAGGUUCAAAAUUGGAGUUAGUGAAUCAGAUUGUGCUCUCUCUCUUCUGUCAUCACCACAGACACAGAUUCAGAGUGAUCAUCAGCUACAACAACAACGUAACGUCGCCAUUUCUAUGUUGCACCCUUUAACCCAUCCAAACACUUUUGAUACUUCUGAUUCUUCUUCCGGUCAGAUUCCAAAUGACAUUCAUCAUCAUCAUCCUCCUCCUCCUCCUCCUCAUGCGGCUCUUAAUUUCUCUGGAAUCUUCGGAAUUUCCUCCGACAAUUCUGGAAAUCAAUCCCCCUCUACUCUUCCUUUUCAUUGGGAGUAGAAACCAGAUUAUGAUCCUUUAUCUGCAAUUUUAAUUUUCCAAUUCUCUCUUCCGUAGACUCCUCUCCAUUUUUAAUAUAAAACUCUCUCAUUUCUUUUUCUUUCUUCUUGUUUAUCUUGCACAUUCAAGGAUGCUUUUAUAUCUCAAGUCAAUUACAAAUUUAUCAGUUUCGGUA